AAUGUGACAGCGUGGCAGACCAGUUGACCGAGUCCAGGGCUGCAUGAGCCAUGCAGGAACAAGCCGCUCCGUUCACCUUACUUUCACUAGCUAUGACUCCUUUUUGCCCCGUCUUUACUCCCCGUGAGUGAAAGACUCAGCAAGUCAACAGCGCAUCAAAGGGACAAAGACUAUACCUUGGCCUGCCGCAUGGGGAAUCGAGUAGCCUCACCCUCACCUUCACUUCACCGCGACUUCGCAUAUCGACUGCAACCCCCCCACCACGCUCCUUAUACGUCACACUCACGACGACGUGACGGGGACACUUCUUUUACGCGACUAUACUCAACCGCUUCCACCUACCGCUUACCAUGGCGUUUCUUCGCGGAGUGUCCGACUGCUUCUGGAACUAUGUCAGUCCGCGCAAGACACAACAACGCCGGGAAAAGCCGUAUGCCUUCAAGUUGCCCGCGCUCCCCACUCGAACCGCUGCUCUGUCAAAACACACCACGCCGCCGCCUACACGAGACAUGAGCCCCGAGGCGCACGUCAAGACCCGAGGACUCAGCACACCAAGGACUCACCACGAUAUCGAUGCGACGCUGCUACCGCCCUCCCCACCAGCUUCGGCCAUGUCCUCCAAGGAUCUAGAAGGAGAUACCCGGGUCGCGCAUUCGCCCGCCGCACUCGCGAGAGAUCACGACACCGAUGGCUCUUCGGCCGACCUGUGGGAUGCGAACGAAGAGACCAUGGUCGUUGAUGAUGGCACUUACAUGGUUGUACAGAAGAAAGUCAAUCACGAUCAGGAGCGGUACAGACAAGAUCAACAAGCUCGGGAGCUGCGCGACGCUGGUUGGUCUGAAGAUGCGGUCUUUCUUUUCCAGAAACUGGGCAUGCGCGGCUUUGAGCCACUGAUGCCUAUUAGCUGGAUCGAUGAUCUUGAGACUGUCCCGGCAGACCUCUUCACCGAGAAUAUCGACAAGGCAUUCAUCAAGCCAGCCUGCGGGACUGAUUACAGUGCGCAACAUGCUCUCGAGAAGCUGUUCGAUCUGGGCGGUGUCGCUCGCGACGCCUGGCAGACGCGGACAAAGCGCGCCCCUCAUUUCCAGAUCGGCAAGGCUGUCAAGGCAUACACAAAAUGGGCUAUGAAGGACGGUAGAGUCGAGCAUCUCUGGUCCCAGCUCCCCCUAUUCCAGACCGUCACCUUCUCGAGACAUGUGCACCCGGCCGUCGGAGAGCGCAAGAUGAUCGAGAAGCUCGGUCGGCUACACGAGCUAUGGCACGACGCUCUGCAGAUCGACGAGGCAGUAGCCCGUGGAGAUGCUGUUGUACCCGAAGUUCCGACCCUCUAUGGUAUCACUGCCACGCACACUGUCAUGGCGUUCGUGAGCUAUGCCCCGCCGACCUUGAAGAACGAGCAACCUUCACUGCGUUUACUCGCCAUGUACGACUUCAUGCAGGAAGGCUGUGAUGUCUGGAAUUCACUCGCCAUCUCCAUCUUCAUCAUCCACGCGAGGAACAGAAUGAUGCAGCUGAAGGAGUGGCUUCCAGAGCCGGAAGUAUCAACCGGCGAAGACCCUGAUCUUUGAACGACAAACACGAAACGAAGACAUACAACACACGAAAAUGGAUGAAAGAGAUGACAAACUACGUAAUGAA